GCAUUGAGACUUGGAGCCAGCCCAGCCGAUCCCAGGCCAGCCAACUCUCUGUGCAUCUCUUCAAGCUGACCUCCUCGAGAGAAGUGCUAGUACAUCUAGAGUUGUCGGCAGGGAUUGUUUGGGCUCUCUAUCCAGCUCUCUCUUGUUCCUGAGGAGAUAAAUGCCUGACUGCCUGUUUGUAGCGAAGCCUUGAUGUUUUCUUUCUUAAGAUUUACGGUGAGGCGCCUGGUUCCUUGGAUCAGCUCGAUCAGCCGAGGCAAUCCCUGUAUUAUCAUAUAAAUCUCUGAGAACCUCUAGCAGCAUCGAUCGGUCUUCCAUCGGAAGGAGUCUUCAGCGGCGGAACAUCGAUCUAUCUAUUGUUCUUAUUUGCUCCUCGGUGCACAGUUGUACAAACAUUUCAGCGAUCAGGGUGGGAAUGCUCAGUCGGUCAAAACUUUUCGGGAGGCUGCAAGCAAACGAUCGUUCACUAUGUCCCAUACGUAAAUCUCGUUCUACGCUUGGAUUCGUCUCGGUGCAUUGCACUCAACAACGUGGGUCAGACACAUGCAUCAAGCUGCUCGAAGUAGGGAAACAUGGGGACGGAUUUGACCUCACUAGUGAAGAGUAUCUGCGCAUCAAGAGUCGAUCUCUUGAUCAACACAAGCCUUACGGCCGAGCUUCGGAGAACAAAGGUGGACCGACGCGGAUCCGUCCAUCUAAAGCUGUUCCGUCCCUGACACUUGAGAUCGAGCAGCAGCAGCCGCAGGAGCGCUUAUCUCAGCCCCGUAUCAGAAAUGACCACGUAUCAAUUUACUCAGACAAAAGCUCUGACGCUCUUCUGUGGAAAUCGGCAAAAGCAAUUUCCUUGGGUCGCCUACAAUCGCGUCCAGGACAGAGGGUGGAAGAGCUGAACUUUCUGGAGAAUGUGGAAGACUGUUUCUCGCGUUCGAGUUCCAUGUCGUUGGUCCCUCACUACAUCGCAUCAGAUGGACAAGUUACAGCAGCAGCAUCGCAAUCCGACUCCUCCGCGAUCAUACCAGCAUCGGCUCCAGCCGAGCUCGGGAUGUCCGAGCAGCGGAGGGGGAGAAGAGGGAGUGGAACGGAGACAACGCUUCUCAAAUUAUGGAGGAAGAAGAGAGAAGCAAGAAGGAUCGGAAGUUUGAUUUUGCUAAAUGGACUCGCAGCCGUUUACGGCUCGAGCAAUGUCGCAAACCGAUAUGUGGCCGAAGCUGCUCCGGGCUUGCCUGCGAGUCUCACGUCUUUGGUCCGAUUCUCAUCUGCCUUCCUCUUCUUCAUUCCGGCGCUCGUCAGCGCGGUGAAAAACCGCGAAAUCCAACUUCUUCGAGCAGGAGCUGAACUUGGCAUCAUCGCAUUCGCAGCGUGCUUCGUUGACUCUUGCAACCCCGGCCAAGCAUCAUCGUCAUCGAGCAUUCCAUCGAUCCUGUUCGCGUUCACGGUGAUUUUUGUUCCUCUAAUGGAAGUCUUCUCAGGUCGUCAAUCGAGCCAAAAAUUAACACGAUUCGCGACUCUUGCAGCAGCCAUUCUCGGGAUGGGAAUUUUGGAGGAGGAAGGAGUAGGUUGGAAAGGUGUCACAUGUCCCCAGAUCAGCGAUCUCUGGGGUGUGGCAGUUGCGGCCAUAUCUGCGCUUCACAUCUUCAGAUCCGAGGCUCAUGGGGAGCGAUUCGAUCCACUGCGGCUGAGCGGUGUGCAAUUUGGAGUGCUUGCCAUUCUGAGUUUGGGUUGGGAGGUGUGCAGCGCCUGUAUGCAGUCUUCGUCGUCGUUGAGUUACCAAAAUCACCAAGUGUUCGCAGAUUUCGCUGGUCCUCUUGACGUGUGGGGUGCCUUACAGUCGAUACCAUGGAUUCCGUUGUUGUAUAACGGGCUCGUUUGCUCCGGCCUCAGCAGUUGGCUGGAGCUCCGUGGAUUGCGUUCUGUUCAUGCAUCGACGGCGACUUUGGUGUACACGACUAUUCCUGUGUGGGGUGCCUUCCUCUCUUACUUCACGAGUCAUGAUGUGCCCACUGAUUCUGCAAUCAUGGGAGGACUUGUCAUCGCUGUCACGAGCAUUUAUGCCCAGAUUAUCUCCACAGAUGAAGACUAUAAAACGCCAUCUUCGUCUUGGACUCCUCCUCCUCCGCUAAAGUCCUCUGACGAAUCGAUGAAAUCGUCUUCAACGACGAGCAUCAGCAAGAACGCAGACGAAGGUUCGAGCUGUUCAGGUGGUCCAGACUACUUCCCAGCCGGGUUGCUCACUUCUCAACUGAAAUUCCCUUACUAUGCAGCUCAAGCCAAGGGGCUCCUGGCCGAGAUCAAGCUCAAGCUCGGAGCGUUGAAGUCUUUGGGAUUCAUGUUCACAGGGGCAUCCACCAGCAGUCUGUUGUCUGCGUCCCCAAUCACUCCCGGGUCCACUUCUGCUGUACCCUUGACGUCGACGACAACGGGAUCAAACAAUUUCACGGCUCCUCACAUAAGUCCGACGGCUCAGGUGGAUGUUGCUGCUGCUGCAGCUCAUACAACCACAACAACAGCAGCAGGAGGAGGACUCCAUAUCCCCAUUCAUCAAGUAUACGAGUACAGCACCGUGUCGAAUAUGUCACACAGCGUCUCUGGCCUCCUGGGACAUGUUUCAACAACAGUCACAAGUGGACUAGAAUCCGCCCUCAUAGCUGCUAGUUCCGACAUUAUGCAAGCUGUGGACAUAGCUAGCGUAGCAGAGCGGAUGCUGCAAGUUGGAGCGGAGAACGCAGUCCAUUUGGUCGCUGGUGCUCUUUUCACGACGGCUGGAAGCUUAAGUUUCGAGCUUACCCAACCAAACGUUGUCGAUGGAUCGGCCUCGAUCGCAGAGGCCGCAAAUUUUGCACUUACAGUUUCUGAAUCUCCGGCCACCAACACUUUCGGACAUUCUUCUCAUGUGGUAGGAGACAUCCUGAGCGCGCUCACAGCCAUCUCAUUUUUCCACUGAUCCAAAAGUGCGCUUAGUAACAUGAUAUUCCCACGGAUAGAUAGCCAUCCACACUUAGACCCCCAACAGAAAACUGGGGCCCGUAGAUAAAUAGAGCCGUCAAUCCGAACUUCGGUUCACGAGAUGUACAUAUCUCAUUAAAAAUUUCUACUAUAGACGAAGAGUUGUAAAUAAUUUUACACAUGCAAACAUUAUAAACAUUAGCAAUUGUUCAAAGUAUCACAAUCUACAACAACUUCAUCAUCAACUUACAAGAUCCUAUCCUCAUUUAGCAUGACUUUUUGUUCACAUCUAACACUAAAUAAUUUAUUUAUGGAAUCUUAU